AUCAGAUUUAUCAAAGCGUCUGAUUCCGACGAUACUUCCAUUCGAUCGCGAUUGCCACAAGCGGAUCCUCCGGCCAUGGUGAACUUCAGCUUGCGGCUGCGCGACAAUUCGGUCGCUGAGUGGCGAGGUGAUUAUCUGGACUACGACGGGCUGAAGCGGCUAUUGGAACGGCAGCAGCAGAUUGAUGCAGCGUUGUCCGUUGCCGCUGCAUCAAGCUCGACGGUCGAUGUGCGAGCCGAGGACAUGGAAGCCAAUGAGCUGAGUGGCCACAAGUGGCGCCCCAUGGCCACAGGGAGCAGCACGCAACUAGUCAAGAAAAUCAGCAGCAAACUCCCGUUCUUACGCUUACCAGGGACGCCACCGACCUCCACCGAUUCUGAUCAGCUGCAGUCGCUGCUCUCCACGCCUGUCGCUUUCGAGGAGGCGCUGGAAUACGAGUACGGUAAUGUAGAGCACGCUUACAUGCGCCACACAGCGCAAUUGGCCGAGCAGCUCGAGCACUUGCAGGCACAGUACCGAGAGAAUGCGACAGCUACAGCUCAAGAAUCGCUCAAGAAUUCGCUAGUCGAACUGCAUCGCUUGUUGAACUUGUUGCACAACUUUGCACUGCUCAAUUACACUGGAUUCGUGAAGAUUCUCAAGCGCUACGACAAGAUUGCCAGCUUCCCAGCGGAUCAGCGUGAACAGCAGAAAACCAAGCUUCAGACGUUCGAGUUUGCCAAGGCGCAGCGAUGCUCAGAGCUGCUGAAGCGUUUGGAGCAGUCGUUUGCCAACUGGUUUUGCGAUGGAAAUAUGCACGUUGCAGUGGCGACACUUAUGACCAAGAAGGAGGACUUUGUCAACUGGGGUCACAUCUACCUGGGCAUUAAGGCUGGUUCCUGUCUCAUCUUGUUGAUCUGGGUGUGCUGGGACUCGCUCGUGGUUCCUACAUUCCACAGUGGCCGUGAAAACCACCUCCUUGACUUGGUUCGCACUCGUGCGUAUCCAGUCUACCGUGGAAUUGGCUGUCUAUUGCUGCUGCAUUGGCUGGUAGGAGUGUCACUCUACGUGUGGCGUGCAGCUCGGAUCAACUACCGCUACAUCUUCGAGUUGAAUCCGCGACGAGUGCAGUCGUACCCUCAAGUAUUCAGUGACGCCACCAACAUGACCAUCGUCUAUUUGGCUAAUGUACUGCUUUACUACAAGGUAGUGAAUGGUUAUUUCCCAGAGGAGCUACUGCAUCGUGGGUAUUAUCCGCUGGCGUUGUUCCUGUACACCUUCUACUUCUACGCUAUCCGUCCAUGGGGACAGCAACUCGGCAUGCUACGAACAUUGUGGGAGGUUAUAUGGUCGCCACUAUACCCCGUGUCGUUCUUCCACACGUUCGUGGGCGACUAUCUUACCAGUACGGUCAAAGUCACACAAGAUGUCAGCUGGUCCGUUUGUUUCUUCGCUACCAAAGAAUUCUUACGUAAAGAUGUCAUCCCGCCCGGCAGUAAUGCGUCUGGGUUACAGUUCAUGCCUACGGACGACGAACCGACCUGUGCGGACAAUGUUUACUACGUUAACGUUGUGGUUCCGCUGGUCUGUGCAUUGCCUUUGUGGUGGCGCUUCUUGCAGAAUCUUCGUCGUGUAUAUGACACGAAAACGUGGUGGCCUCAUCUACCUAAUGCUGCCAAGUACGCACUCACCCAAGUUGUGGUUCUUUUCGGGUUAUUUCAUCCGCUGCAUAGCGACAACAGCGAAGAGAAUGCGUCACGAGUGCGUAUGUUCGUGGUCGCAUGGCUCAUGCUGUUCACUGCUAGCUCACUGUACACGUGGAUAUGGGAUGUGACGAUGGACUGGGGACUUGGUCGACCGCAGUUUAAGUUUUUGGGCGACUCGCAAAUGUUCUCGAGGAAAUGGGUCUACUAUGCGGCUAUUGUGGCCGAUCUGUUCCUGCGUUUCGCGUGGACUUUGACGCUCAUUCCGCCGCGUGGCGCUGCUCGCUGGCUGCCACUGUAUUUGCAGCCUUUCACUAUGGUAUUGGAGCUAUUUCGUCGUACAUUUUGGAGCUUCUUCCGAUUGGAGAAUGAACAUUUGCGCAACACCCAAGGAUUCCGACGCGUGGACUUCAUCCCGCUCCAUUAUGACCAUGGCGUCGGCGAUGUGGAGAAGAAAAGCGAGGAAGUGGAGCAACUGGACUUCAGGAUCUUCACUCUUAAGAUCUUGGCGGUGCUGUUUACCGUUCUGGGACUCAGCGUCGUUGCCAUCGUCAUCGAACGCUAAAUAACCUGAAGUAAGAAACACAUAGAUCUAGUUUGAACAUGAAGUAAGGGGCAUUAAUUAGAGUUUAAUGCGCGGGUCAAGAAGAAAAAGAAGCGGUAAGACUUCCUUUCUAGCGCUCGCACGCGCUUAGAACUUGACCUCCUUGAGGCCCCACUUGAUGUAGCAGAAAGUGGGGGCGAGAGCGCCUUCCGGGUAGUAGGCGUAGGCAAGACCGGCCUCCGAGUCGCACGACUUGAACAUGUAGAACUGCAGCUCCUUGAACAUGGACACGAGGAACUUGACGAUCUCCUGGGCGUCGCUCUUGAACUGAGUUAGCGUCUCGUCGCUGGCGCCCGUCGACUUGAGGUGCUUCAUGGUCUUACGGAAGUACGACUUGAGAUACGUCUUGAGCUCGCCCUUGGUGUCGAAGCCCGUCUCGAUGUAACCGAAGCCGAUCGAGUCGUCGAUGACGUUGUUCACCGUCUCGACCGAGUCGUCAAUCUGCUCCUCCUCGCCGCCGAAGGCGUCACCGCAGCCGAUGUCGACGUUGUCCGAGCCCUUGGCCACCGUCUUGGACUCGACCUGGAACAUACCGGGCACCUCGUUGCCCUCCAUGUCCUUGCACGGAAGAACCUUGUUGGAGUCCGACAUCACCUCGUCCUCCGUGAACACAUCCUGCCACACCAACAUCUUGAUCGACUGCUGCUUGUUUGUCUCGAGACCGAAAAGCUACUGCUGCGCAUCGGGGUCCAAGCGGCAGGCGGUCGCGAACAAGAGCCACCAGUUCCGAGAGG